AUGAGAGCCCAUAUCUUCAUUGCCUCAGCACUUGUUGCUUUUGCUGCAGCAAUCCCUAUGGAGGCUAGACAAUGUGCCGGCUGCGAGCCUUCGGGCAAGGGAGCUUCUAGUGCCAGCGGUAUGUCCGAGGCCAACCCUAACGCCACCUCGAGCUCCAAUGCUUCCAACAACAACACAAACAAUAAUUCGAUCAGUCUCACUCUUCCCAGCACGUCAGGAAGCAAUGGCAGUCCAUCGGGGAGCAAUGGCGGUGACGGUGGUAACAAUCAGCCUCCAACUAACAGUGAUGGCGAAGAAAAAGGCACCUGCAAGGCCUGCAUCGAUUUCUGCACGGGACGUGCUGAUCUUCUCGAUGGUCUAUGCAAGGUCAUCGUGUGCGGCAUUGACUGCGUUCUUGUCUAA